UUAUGACCCUUGGCACAGACACGAUAUAAACGGGGGAACUAGCUGCGCGUAAGCAAAGAAAAAGAUCAUCUGACUCCUGGAGGACAUCGUCAUGAGAUAUCGGGAGGAGAAACGAGCCAAAGCACCCUCGGCAAUCAAAAUACAGCAAUGCAACCUCAGCACAGUUCGAGGGCUGUGGAGGCGCCCCUUGAGGCCUUUCCCACUGCUGGUGGUCUCUGGAGGAGGUUACUAUGGUUACCAGCACUACAAGGGUAAACAAGAAGUAGAGGGAGCGCCCCCUGCUUUGGCCACGCCCACUCAGGUGGCGCUGUACCGAUCGUUUCCCACUCGGGUUAUUUCUCGAGUUUGGGGUAAGAUCAACGCUGUGGAUUUGCCAACAUUUUUACGAAAACCCAUUUAUUCACUUUACAUCUGGACUUUUGGAGUCAACAUGCAGGAGGCAGCAGUGGAGGACUUGCAUUUCUACAAGAAUUUGGGAGAGUUUUUCAGACGAAGACUUAAACCUGCUGCUAGACCUGUCUGUUCCUUCUCCUGUCUGACCUCUCCAGCAGACGGCAGAGUGCUUCACUUUGGAUCUGUGAAAAACUCUGAGGUGGAGCAGGUUAAAGGUGUCACCUACAGUCUGGAGCAUUUCCUUGGACCACACAAAGGAAAUAGCCAAGCUGAAGGCUUUAGAGACAGCCUCCUCUCUCAUCCAGAUAAUGACCUGUUUCAUGUGGUCAUUUACCUGGCCCCAGGCGAUUACCACUGUUUCCACUCUCCUGUCGACUGGACAGUGAAGCUGAGGAGACACUUCCCAGGUUCCCUGAUGUCUGUGAGUCCUGGAGUGGCUCAUUGGGUUAAAGAGCUCUUCUGUCUGAAUGAACGUGUGGCUCUGACGGGCCAAUGGCAACACGGCUUCUUCUCUCUCACCGCUGUUGGGGCAACCAACGUGGGCUCAAUACGCAUCUAUUUUGACCAGGAACUUCAAACAAACGCCCCUAAGUACAGAAAAGGCUCAUGCCAUGAACGCUGUUACCAGGGAGACGAGUCUUCAGCCGAUGGAGUGACGUUACAGAAAGGAGCACCUCUGGGAGAGUUUAACCUGGGUUCCACAGUUGUAUUAGUUUUUGAAGCGCCCAAAGACUUCAUCUUUAAUCUGAAAGCGGGACAGAAGAUCAGAGUUGGAGAGGGGCUGGGUCUCCUCUCCUAAAACCGACGGUGCUUUCACGUGCGGUUGGGUUAUGGAGAUUUUGGAGUUUCCGACAUGAACACAGCCAUUGAUGAUGUUUGCCAAUAUUGGGUAAAUGGGUCAAAGCAAGUUUGGACUUGGGGUCAAUUAAAAUGUACCUUACAUUUUUUUCAAACUUAAUAAUGUAAUUUAUUUCUUUAAUAGAUUUUUCUUUAAACAAAAAACAUAUUUGCCACAAAUAGAGAAGGGCAUUUACGCACUGCACUACAAACAGCGCUACACUUGUAACAAACAUAACAUUACAUUUUGGGCACAAACUGAAAUGACUCUGUGUGGGAUGACCAUGGCAGCUGAAGGAUAAAAUACAUGGCCUUUGUCCUAUGCCAGGGCAAGUUUAGUGCACCAUACAUGUGAAUGUACUGACAAGGCACUCUAUUCAUAGUAUUAAGUUAGUGGUUCUCAACACAGUUACCACUUUUGAUGUAUGGCCUUCUUUGUAUUAUGUGCAGUUCAACACCUACUAGCUGAAUUAGUCACUUCUUGGUCCUAGUUUGGACUGGUUUACAUGGAUUUGUUUUGCUCUAUAUUCUCUUAGGGGCAUAUAUUUUCCCCAAAGGUUUAAUUGGGUUAAACAUGUUCAUAUUAGUUUAUUAAUGACUGUUCAAAGAAAGACCGAUGCUUUCUGAAGGGAGGCUUGUAUGUUUGAGAAGCAUUGGCCCAACUCAACCUUAAGCAUGUAGCAUCAUGCCAGUAUCCCCUGUGGCUUCAUAAACCAUUUGUUAUUGUGUUACUACUGUCACUGUAUCAAUGCUACCGCUUCUAACGGCUUAUGAAGUCGCCUGUAAUUCUAUAUAUGCUGUAAAUGGCUAUUAGUGCUAUUACAGCUUAAAACCUCUCCUGCUGCCUUUAUUGCUCAAAAAUACACACUUUUGUAUCUUUUGUAAAAACAUUUUCAUAUGACCUUCAUCAUUCACUACUACUGAAUCUGACUAUAUAAACCUCAUGAUUAUGAUUAUAAAUGGUUCUAAAACUAUGGCGGUAAAUUGAUGAAAUUCUUUCCUUCCUUAUAUGAAGUGUAUGUUAUGAUCUUUGUUUUUAAUUUUCCUUGUUGUAAAUUAUGUAAGUAUUUCUUAAACAAUUCCAUAUAGGGUUUUGUAAUUUAUCCGCUACUUGGAAUCCUGCCCUGAUACUUCUAAUACAGAUUUAUAAAUCCAUCCAUUUUUGUUUGUUUUUAUGUUUUUGUAUAAUUGUAAUCAUAAUAAAAUAUUUUUAUAUUAAUUCAACAUUU